CAACACGUAUAACUUCCACCGGUCUGCUAAUAUCAAUAGUCAGUUGAAAUUGUGUUAUCGACCAAAAAUGGCACUCUCUACUGCCCCAUCAGCUGCUGUGUCACUUCUGCUUAGCAUACUUGUGUUUGCUUUAAUGCAAAUCUUCAAAGCUGACAUUGCAUCUAAAGAAUAUUUUACAAUUGCUGGAGGAUUUAUUGGUUCCAUUUUAUUCAUCACCUUGUUAACAUUUACCAGCAAUGUUGAAACUUUAGCAUUUGGCAAAGGAUUUCAAACAAAGCUGUUUCCUGAAGUUGUAGCAUGCUUAUUUGUAGCAAUGUUUGCUUCAGCUUUAGUACACAGAGUUUGUGUAACCACUUGCCUUAUAUUUUCACUUGUGGCUCUUUACUACAUCAACCGCAUUUCUCAAAAUGUCUACACUCCAUCUGCAUCAGCAACAGCUUCAGUUGCUUCAAAGAAAAGGAAAUGAGUACUUAAUAUAUCAGACUAGUGGUUGAUGAGUGAGUGAAUGAGCUGAAAUAAGUUAAAUAAACUGUUUUAAAUUGAUCUUCUGAUUGAGGGAGUGAGUUUCAACUUUAACUGUGUAUCCAACUGUAGACCUGUCAAGGAAGUUUUAUCAUGUAUUAAAAUUAUUUUCUUCUCUCUAAGCCUUGGUCUCUCGUCUUGUUUGUUUGGUUAUAAUUUAGUUUUAAGUUAUGUUGAACAUGUGCAUUUUUUAAAAAUUUCAUCAUGUGUGUGUAUGUUUUAGAGGCUAAUAAUAAUUAAAAUAGGAUUUAAUAUUGUGUAUUUGUUUUAAAGGCUAAUAAUAAUUAAAAUAGGAUUUAAUUUCAUGACUUGCUUGUGAAGAAGUUUUUCACUGUCUGAUAAGUAAUUUUAUUACAGUACAUAAAAACUUAAUUUAGUGUCUAAUUUACAAAAGAUCUAUGCACAUUCACACAAAUAUCUAGAAUAGUGACAAUCUGAAAGUGAAACACAUCAUCAGCACAUGAUUACAAGAAUGUAUAGCCUUAAAGUUUAAAUAAAGUUAAUAAUCAAAGUUGUGUCAUGUACUAUUUACAGUGACUAAUCAAAGAGGUAACAUCACAUGAAGGCCAAUAAAAGAACUAAAACAUU